AUGGCCCACCGGCCUCACCUGCCGCACACCCCCGUUUUGGAGUAUGACGAGGUCGCCGUGAUGGAUAUGGGAGACGAGGCCGACGGUGACGGCGACGUCGACGCUGAUGUCGGCCCCGAAGAAGUCACGGUCGGCAGGACUCCGGGCGGGAGGCACCACAUGCGCUCGCUGUCGGACGGCGGCCGCACCCCUCAGAAGUUCACCCCGGCACAGCUCGCCGACGCAGCUCGGCGGACCUCCAAGGACGACAGCACCAUCUCGUUACCUCUGCGCGACUCCUUCUCCAGCUCGACCUCCCCCUCUGUACCCCUCGCCCCUCCUGUGACUCCUCACCGGUCAGAAUUCCCUAUGCGCGGCCUCUCCUUGCAGAUGCCACCGCAAGCUUCUACCCCUCCGUCCCAACAACAGCUGCAGCAGCUACAGCAUCAGCAGCAGCAGCAACAACCUCCCGUUCCACUCGGCUCAAAGCCCGCCCCAUUGUCUCCCAAGCUCGACCACUCCCAGAUCUACUCCUCGCCCACCAAUAUCCUCCCUCGACGAUCCAGAGGCCUCGACUUCUCUCGAGCCGCCACCAGCCUCCACCAUACCACCAUCGCAGAGCAGUCCUCGCCCGACUCCUCCCCUACAGUUGGAGGAAGGGCCAUGAACAUACCAAGUAGGAGACCUGGCGAUUUCGGGGCACCAGAGCAAACCUCCAACUCACUCUGGUCUAUGAUGGGCAACCACGAGCGCUUUCACAUUUCCAGCUCCCUGGGCAGCGCCGCCAACAUAGUCUCCGACUCCUCAACAAGCUCCGACGAGGACGACAUCAUGGACGAGGACAUGGACGAGCCCUACCUGAUGACGCCCCAAGUUCUUAAGAGCAACCCACCUGCGUCGUCACAAGCAGGCUCUGGUUGGCCAGCCGGGGCGGGGUCGCCAGCUGUCAACAGCCUCCUGUCUUUCCAACAGCGACAACGGCCUCGCAAACAGCCAAAGAAGAAAGACCGCGGCCUUUUUGGAAUGGGCUGCCCUCCGACGCCAUCGGCAGCUACCGUCCUCUCCAAGUCCCCUCCUACGAACCCAGUCCCUUAUGGCAACAUGGCGAAAGAAAUGAGUUCAUCCCAUGCACGCCGUGAAAGCAUCAGUUGGGCGGCCAAUCAGUUGAAUAUUGCAGGCAGUGACAGUGAAGACAGCCCUAAGACAGGAGGAGUCAAUGUCGAUGGUGUGCUGGGGCCCGGCGCCGAUCCUCAGAAUAGGGUCGUGAGGCGCGCCGUGACCCGGCGGAGCAACCUGCUUCCAAAAUCUAAGAACUUCGCCCGCAUAAAAGCUGCACUUGCCGAGGAGGGCGCACCGGUGGAGUCCGAGUUUAGACGCGAAUCAGAGGUCAUCCGCCAAGUGCGCGAGGACAUAGACUUCGAGCCUCCCCGCCAAACUCCACAGCCCGCGUCGGUAGCUGCUACGACGCAGUCUAGCCCAAACUUGCCAAUUCAAGACUCGCUAGAGGAUGCCUCCGAAGACGCCAUGAUGGUGGACUCGAAUGCGCUGGGCCUCUCGAGCAGCUUCAAGCAACAGGCUCACAGGAAUUCCAAAGGAAAGGGGUUCUGGGAGAACUUCUCCGAGACGAGCAGCAUGGGCGGCACAAGGACGACUCCACCACCCCUAGGUGCACCGCGCGGGUCCUCGUCUGGGAUGAGCCUCGACGACAUGAAUAUGGAUUCUCCAUUCGCGAACUCUGGGGCCGCGGGGGGCAACGGCGGCUUCAUGUUCCCCAUGAAUACGACACCAAGCUCAGGGAACGAUACCCCACAGCCCAGCGGGUCAUCCUCCAUGCCGACGACCGAGCAGCCGCCGCCACCCUCGGUCGCGGACGUGACGCGCCGGCUGACGAAGCGCCGGCGAGACGACGACCUCGACCCGGUGAGCUUCAAGCGCCGCGCCGUAUCGCCGGGCAUGAGUGUCCAGGGCUCGCCCAUCAUGCAAAGCCCGAUGCAGCACGCGCCGUGGGGCUCCAGGCCUGGCAGCAACGGGGGCGGCGGCGACCGCGGCGGGAGGAACGACACGCCCAACAGCGAGACCAGCGGGAGCGGGAACGGCAACGGCAACGGCGAUAAGGCGCGGGCUAAGGGCCGAAUUGGUUUCCAGGGCAUGGUGGACACCAACGAUGGCAUCACGAGGCUGAGUAUCGAGUAA